AUGAUUCAGCAAGUACCCUGCAAGGUAUUCGUCGGCCGCUGUACUGAAGAUCUAACCGCUGACGAUCUGCGAGACUAUUUCUCCAAAUUCGGCGAGGUCACGGACGUGUUCAUCCCGAAACCCUUCCGUGCGUUCUCGUUUGUCACUUUCCUAGAUCCCGAGGUCGCUCAGUCGCUAUGCGGCGAGGACCACAUUAUCAAGGGCGUGUCGGUACACGUCUCGAACGCCGCGCCCAAGUCCGAGGGCAACAACAAAAACUUCAACAACCAAGUGAACUCGAACAUGCGGGGCGGUAGGGGUGCGCCGGGACCCGUCGACAAUAACGUGCAAGGCAAUUAUCAGGGUAAUCGUUACAUGGGCCACUCGGGCAACAACAUGGGUCCGAACGGAUGGAACAAUCCGGGGAACCGGGGCAACCUCGACAUGCCGAAUUUGCAGGCGCUAGGCAUCACCGGUCAGAACAACGGCGGCGGCGGCGGCGGCGGCAUGUCGAAUCCGCUGGCGAUGGGCGGCCUGAACCUGUCCGCCCUGCCGGUGAACCCUGCGCUGGUGGCCGCCGCCCUGAACCAGGCGUCCUGGGGCCUGAUCGGCAAUCUGCAGAACCAGGGAAACGACCAGGGCUAUUCGAAUCAGCCGGGCCCGCCGGGCCAGCCACCCUCCGGUAACAACAGCAUCGGCAACAGCGGCAACUCUGGCUUCCUCAGCUGGAUGAAUCAGGGCGGUGGUGACGGUAACACCGGCAAUCCGGGCACCGGCGGCCCCGGCCCGAACAACCCGAACGCGUCCCAGGGCGCCUGGCAAAAUCACCCGGGCCAGCGCGACCAAAAAUCGAAUACCUUUCUCAAGUACGAGUAA